AUGGCGGGCCACGACGCAACGAGAUCGCCGGGCCGCCUCGACUCCCGCUCCGGCCUUCCAGCUCCAGAGAGUCGGGCCGGGUACAGGAAUAGCUACGAUACGGGAGAGUCGAGCCUCAGCGGCGGUCGGCGCGAACUCGCGGCAGGCUCCAGUCCUUCGCCGAGCGACGCCGGCGGCGGCCUGCAAAACCUUGGCCCGGGUCUCCCGCAGGCAGGACACAACAUUCGAGAUUAUCCGCAAAGGGGGGGGAGCACACGGAGAAGAGCGAAAUACAGAUCCGGGGGCGGCUUCUUGCUCCACGACUCAAUCAGUGGUGACAGGCGGCAUGCAAGUCGGGGGUCUGCGAGGGACAGUUCACAAUCGAACGGCAAGGCGCCACAGUCACCACGUACACCGCAGUCCUCACGGUCGAAUAACGGGAAUCUGCGACAACCAGACGAGCGUCCUUCGGGAAGCUCGCGCGAUAGGAGUAGCAUAUCGCCUCAGGGCGCAGAGGGUCGAAGUGGCGGGUCUGCUGACAGGGACGUCGCGAACAAAGGGUCGCGGGAACUUCCGCAGCCACCCUUUUCUUCUGGAGAAGCCCUCGAUGAUGCUGAUUCGACCCGAAUCGUGCAAAUGGCCUUGAAUCUGAGCGAAUCUCGACGCAUGGCCUCGCGACGGAAUGUCCCUCGAAACAGCCCUCCGAGACUCGGCCCAUUGCCUCAGGGCACUCCAGGGAGUAACCUCAGACAGCACUUGCAGCAACAACGGAAGUCUUCAUACAGUAGUUAUCCCCGAUAUCAAAGGACCCAGUCUCCGAGACCCUCUUUUGGGAAAUUCGACUCGAGCUUCGACAGUGGUGGUCAUGAUUCACACCCUGCAUAUCAUUUCUCCUCCUCGACUUUGGCCAGAGCCCAGAAAGCCAAGGAUCAUCUGGAGCUGAUGGCGCAGUACAGAAGGCUUCUCCAUGUUCUGCCCCCUCUAAAGCCUGGGUCUGAGCGGACGGUUUCGAGCCCUCCGGUCUCUCCGGUAGGAAGUAAACCCUUCAAAUUCAGCCUUAGGGACAAUGCGCCCCUCGGGCGGCAGUACAAUCCGCUGCAAUACAUUCGAAAUAGGAAAGUCCGGGCCCGCGAGCGGAAAGUCAUCGAUGGAGAGAGACAGGGGUUUGGCGACGUGCAGUGUGUUAAACCAUGGGUGGACAAAGUGGUUGAGCGAGCGACAUCGUUUGCAGCACAUCCGGAUGAGAACGGGUCUUUCCUGCCCGCUUUUCCUGGAGCGGAUGAUCCGAAUAGCGAACCCUGCCCGGAUAACAGCUCAAGGGCAGCAGCUCGAGUGAGGAGGUCGCGGGUGGACUGGUUCAUUGAGCCCUGUGAUAUAGUAGCCGACGCGUACUGGCUGGAACAAGAGAAUCAUAAGGAACUCAUCGAGGACCGUGCCUGGCGCAAAAUAUUCCCCCCAACCACAAAUACUUCACGGCCCCUGUCUCGCGAAACGGCUGUUGAUGCCCUCGAGGUCAUCCCUCCCUUCUCAAUGCAGGACGAUGCUGCAGUUGGCCCCCCAGUUUCGAGCAUCUCCAAAGUCGACUCAGCAAAGCAAACCAUCCAAAACAUCAGGGCUUUCCCGCAUCGCCAUGGUGGCCCGAUUCACAAUAUCCACCGUGAUCUUGGGUGGCAUCUCAAGGAUUCUAUUUCCGAUAUUUCAAGUAGCGAAAACGAUACCAAGGUCCCAAAGAGGACGUCUGGCGAGGCAAAAAGAAGUGGUGGCGCCGGCACAAUGCUCAAGACGGCCAAAGAUCUUCUUCAGGAGCAGAUGCUCGAGAUGAUCACAAAGGACGCGCGCGACGGAGACUUGUCCGAUGAGGUUUCUGAUCAGGAGCUAGUUGUUCCCCCGACAAGUAUCAAGACACCGGAAAAGAGCCCAUCGUCACAGCCGCCCAGUCGCCUCCACCGCAGUAGCAAGGGCUCAUUGAUCGACACAGGCGGUUCCGAUAGAAAGCCCGUCCUAGACCGAUCCCGCCCGGGCUCUCCACCCCGGCAUGUGCCAGGGAGGCUAAGUCUCGACGGCACAGAAACGCCUCGAAAUUCUUCAGUCGACCAGGGCUCUUCUCUGCCAACCUCUCCCAGCCUCAAGCCUACCCGGGGGAGCACGGAGCUCGCCCUAGGCACCAACCCUUCCUCAGCAUGGAGUCGACCUGGGUCCCCAACGAGGAAUCCCAUUACCAAGAUCAGGCAGAUCAUUCGUGACAACAAGUCCAGUGAACCGGGGCCAGAGCCAAAUGACAGUCAUUACGUGUCUGCCGCAGAACCGGGUUCGCCUUUGGAGAGGCCAAAUUUGCCUGAGAAUCUGCAAUCCAGUCCCUCCCGGACGAUGGCAUCAGAGCCAACACCGUCCGAUGCGACCAAAAUGCACCGUAGGCCGGGAAACACUCGUCUUCGCGCUGAGGACCAAGGGGCUGGGCUUCGUGGCAUGUUCAAAGGCCCGCGAAUCGACACCGUUCUUCGGGGUGGUGUUUCCAAGCUAGGCGAUAUGUUGUGGAAGAGAGACGCGGCGACUGAAUUUCAACCCGACAACGAAACUACGGAUGAUUCGGAGAGCGAGAAGGCUCGCGGUCGGUCUAGGUCAUCUACCGGCGUGUCACGAAGACCCUCCAAACGCGCCACUUCAGGUGUUCAAAGUCAGCCGAAGCAUUUUCUGGAUUCCAUGCCUCAGUUCAGCAACAUGCAAGACCCUAACCACGCACACAGCACGGAUAUCAGCAGAAGUGAUUUGGGCCACUCAGGUUCUACGAAUCGUAGCCGGCAGCAGUCUCGAAUUGACACGCUGCGUCCGCCUCGUUUUGAUCCUCGAAGCGCGUCCUCCUCCUCUGCUCUGCUCGGAGGCCGGUCUGCCAGGGCAGGUGAUUCCGACACCUUGGGAUCGAAGUCGCGACAAGGCAGUGCGCCAGAAGGCGCCGGGGACGCAGGCAGCCGUUUGAAAUGUACGCCUGGCUCGUCCAGACCAGAAGAUGACGGCCGCUCGUUCAGGAGUCGACACUGGUCCAUCGCGGACAAAGCCUGCACGCCCACAGAGCAGACUCGGCUCACUCGUCGCGAGAUUGCCCGCAUGCGAGCGCUACUUCUCAGUACCGGCGUCAAGGCAAUGGAGAUUAACCGCCGGGCACAGGAAGCACCCGGGCCCUUGUGCCCAGACGGCUCAGCAGCCGCGGGUCCAUCGUCAGGCAAGAGCCGCGCAAACAUGGCAUGGGCGGACAUGGCCAAGAUCUGCCCCAGGGUAGUCCAGCAAAGCGGCCGGGAAACCACACACCACGAACUCUACGCACUGGCGGGCCGCGCCCUCGGCACAGCCAUCCAAAACUCUGGCCGACAGUGGCAGGCCUCUGCUGAUCAGUUCGCCCACCGAACAAGCCCUCGGCUCCAGAACCGCAUCGGUGACGUUCGGUCCAGCAUUGCCGACAAUCUCUCCGAACGAAGCCGUCAGGCGGCUGAUUUGGCAGACGAGACGAAUCGUGACCUGGCACUCGGUCAGCCCCUCAAAGUCAAAAUCGUGGUAGACAUUAUCGAGAAGAUGCUCCGCCGACGAAGACGGCGUCUACGAUGGAUCAGGCGAGCGCUCUGGUUGACCGUGGAGUGGAUCCUCGUCGGGUUCAUGUGGUACGUGUGGUUCAUGGUCAUGAUACUCCGAGUGUUCCUGGGCAUGGGCAAGGGCGUGUGGAAUGGUGUCCGAUGGCUUUUGUGGCUCUAA